GAAAAACCAGAAACAAAUUUUGAGAAUGAAGGUAUUGAUGCUAAGCCUUGUCACGCUUUGCUUUUUCACUUUUGUAACAGCAUAUGUAUACAUAAAAAAAGUAGAGAAAAAAAACGAUGGGUGUUAUGAUUCUGAUUUUGGCCAGAUUGACAACCAAGGCGUCAUAUAUAAUGACAGCAGAUGUGAACGUUUAGACUGUGAUGCGAAUGGAGCUGAAGCAUUUAUUUAUGGAGCAGGGUGCGGCGCUAUUAGUGUCGACAAUCCAAACUGCAAGCUGGUGCCUGGAGAAGGACAUUAUCCAUCUUGCUGCCCGGCCCCAAUAUGCGUGUCGCCACAUAAAUUGGAAUAAAAGAUGGC